AUGACUUCCGCUUUUGCUGCGCAGUUGCGCACCAUCGCCGCAAACUCUACGAACGAACUUGAUCUACGCGCACGCCGCGAUGCGCACGGCGAAUCUCUUGUUUUCGAGCGAAGCGUUGCCGUCAAACAGGACUGGGAGACAAUCUACCAAAUAUGUGUCGAGGGGUUUCAAGAGUUAUGCAUGCUAGAUACCCGGCUUCGAGAAUUUGAGCAGAACCUUUACAGCCCACAGGCGAAAGAGCAGGAUAGGGAACAAUUGAGCCGGUCUCAAAAUGAGGCUCUCGGUAUCGUGAUUGACCGGUGUCUCGCACUUCUUGGAUCCAAAGUCUUGUUGCGCCCGGGAAUCAGGGCUGUCGAGUGGUUGGUUAGGAGGUUUCGAGUGCACGUCUACAAUACCAGCAGCCUUCUCGCAACAUUCCUUCCUUAUCACGAGAGCCUUGUGUUCCGAAACGUACUGAGCAUCAUACCGGCAAACAAAAUUACCAACGAAUGGAAGUUUCUCGGGCCAUAUCACAAAAUUGCGGCCAAUGUUCCCCGGCAUGCCAUUGUUUAUAGCGCCAUUCACAACGAUGCGUUCUUUUCUGUGCUGAACAACUAUGUGUUCCGGGCUUGUCAGGAAGAAGCGCACCAUCCCCAGCUCAUGCGCUUUUGGAGCAGCGUGGUCAUCGAGGCCAUCACUGGCAGACUCAACCAAGUGAAGAGUGGGAGGAAAGAGGUACAAAGGCAGCGGUUGGAGGAUGCUCUCCUCAAGAUCCUACCCGUUCUGAGCGAGGGUUUGGAAAUAACAGGCUGCACCGAGCUGACCAUCACGUGCUUCACGGUCGCAAUUGUGUUGGCAAGCAAUGCAGAUCUCGAGGAUAGUGUACUUGAUUCUAUCAUCGCGGCCAUUGCUCCUUUCGUCCUCAAUCGCGCAGUUGACCAAGCCAAGGUAUUGACUUGCCUUUGCGUUCUCGUCUCGAAGAAGACCGAGCGAAAUGUGUCAAGGGACGUCCUGGAAAUUCUCACCAAAGUGCGUCAUCUUGAUGUCCGUUUAUUAGAGCUACGAACCCGGGUACCUAUCGACGGACUAUGUGAAGCAAUGUUCAAUUCGCUGCUUAAAGGUCUGAACAAGUCUAACUUGGACACAAGCUUCGGUCUCAUUGAACAAUUGAUCGGCUUGAGUGCCGACCCCGUCCCUUCGGAGACUGCCAUUCGUUUGGUGGCGACCUUACUUCGAAAGGUUCCUAGAUCGGCUCCAGCGGGGCCAUUUGAGUCGAUGGUCCAAGAGAGGAUCGUCCGAAUCUUGCAGAAGCUGAAUGACAAGGCCACCUUCUCAUCCGUGUUACCUCAAGCAGCGUCGCUCGCAGAACGGCAUCUUGAUGAGCUUGAGGCCAUUAUUCAAGGGACUAUCGCUUUGCCGGAUAGCUCAAACCUCUUGGAGUCAGAAUUGAUGGAAGUUGACGACAACGGCACUUCCUCAGACUCCGAUGAAGAACGCAUAGACUCUAUGCUGGCGGCUUUGCCAACCGAAUCUGCCGAGAUGUCCUUCAUGGCCAACAAUCAUACUGCAUUGUUCGAUCACCUGCUCCAUGCUUUUGCUCAGUGUUAUAGAAAAGAGCCUUGGAUGGUCAAAUUUGAAAGCUUGCCGAUUUGGCGGCAUACCAACGAGAAGCCGUCUGAUCUGCUCACCAGUUUUUUCCUGAGAGUGGCUUAUAGCGCCGCUCCCGACUCUCAGCGAUCUGCAGCUCUUCUAUACCUUUCGAAAAAGAUGGAACACGGAUCUUGGCAAGAGACUCAGCUGCUACUGCCCUAUCUCACCAUCCUCCUCGCCGAUCCUGCUAGGCCGGUUCGACGAGCCGCCGUGGCAUGUGUUGUUGCUGUCCAGAACUGCGUGUCAAAAAGUCUUGCAGGAGAGAGCAGCACGCAGUCAAAUUCGGAGACGGUAUAUGAUGCCCUGGCAAUGACAAACGUGAAGCGCGUCUCUUCUGCUCAAGCCAAAAAGAUCGUUGCCCAAGUGUAUCUGCCAAACUUGGAGGAGUGCGUUCUGGACCCCUCUCAUACCCGGACGGUCUUGGAGCAUGCUCUUGACAGCCAUUCACGUACGUCCUCUAUUGGGUCGAAAGCUGUCAAUGUUGAGUUGAAGAAGUCACUGCGGCAGGAUCUAUUUGACCUAUUGACCGGCUGCGCAUUGAACAGUCCCCUGCUCAGGGUACAAUUGGGCCUUGUGAGUCUCCUCAUAGGCGUUCAGAAGGUCGGCAGUACUACGACAAGUAAAACGCUCCAGCCGAUUUUGAGACAUUGGGCAUCUUUGACUGGAUCCGCGGCUACAUCUGCUGCCAGUUCAGAAGGGUUGGAUGUGGCUCAGAUUGACACCACGCUGGUACAGUUGAUCAGUGCUCAUGACAAAGAAGCAGUCCAACAAGUGCUUGAAACUGUCGAAAGGGAAAAGUCAAACCUCAGGCCUGAAUUGGUCAAUGCCAUUUUUGCCAGAAUCACUGCGAUCUGGAAAGACCUGCGGCAUGAAUCCCAGCUGACAACUGCCAAACUCCUGUUCGACAUGUCCUUCUCAGAGCAUGAGACUAUCGCAGCAGGCAGCCAACAAAUCUUGCGCUCUGUGACUCUCUCCACCGAAGCCCUUGCUACGUUGCUGGACCACUCGUGCUCAGGUCUUGCUCAGAUGCAGGUGGAAGUGCCACCCAAGAAACGAAGAAGGAUCAGUCACGGUCGUGAAAGCAUACCAAAAGAGAUGGUUCUGCAACUGGACAUCGCUGAUGCCAGACUAUCCCUCGCUUUGGAACUGGUGGAAGACUCGAGGCCUGAAGACCAUCCUCAGCUGCUCGGCAGUCUGUUCGAAAUUCUCAUCCAUUUGCGAAGGUUGAAAGAGAAGAGCACAUCAGAAUCUCCGUACCUUCUGACGCUUUGUCUAAGCAACAUCUUGGCCAUCAUCGAGAAAGCCAGACAAUCACGAAAGCCCAAUGUCGACUUGACGAGUAUCCGCGCCGAUCUUGUGACAGACUGUGUUCGCUCGUCUGAGAACCCGCAGGUACAAUCCACAGCUCUUCUGCUGCUGGCGUCCUUGUCCUCGAUAGCCCCAGAUCGUAUCUUACAUACAAUCAUGCCUAUAUUCACCUUCAUGGGUGCCGGGAUAUUGUCAAGAGACGACGAGCGAUCGGUCUACGUCAUUAAUCAGGCAAUUGACCAGAUCAUUCCUCCUCUCAUCAGUACUUUGAAGCGACAAGAUGCGAAGAAUCUCGUCCACUCCACAUCAAGUCUCCUUUCGAGCUUCGUUACAGCCUACGAUCACAUUCCGCAGCAUCGACGCGUGGCAUUCUACAAAAGGCUGCUAGAUCGACUGGGUGCCGACGAUUUUGCAUUUGCUCUCGUUGCACUCCUUGCAUCAAGAAGAUCCCACGAAGACAUGACACCAUUCUUGUCCGUUCUGACGGGGGAUCUACCAGCAGCAACUCAGCUUUUGACGCACCGCAAGAUCCUCGCCUUGACACGAGACAUUUUCAGCGACAAGCCACACAAUGCGGAGCCGCUCUUGGAUAUCAACAAAUCCACCAAAGCAGACAGAAAAGGGCAGAUCGCUAUAAUUCUGCUCGAGACAGCCGGGAAACUUCUUGAGACAAAGGGUCUCAAGGCCCAUGUGAAACGGAUGCAAAAGAAGGACGGGGCUGAAGCUGAGUCCUUCUGGACAGAAUAUAAGCUGUGUCUGCAGGAUCAGUUGGUUAUGCUCAAGAACCAAAAGGGUCAGCAACACACCGAAUUGACCGCCUCGACAAGGAAAUGUCUGAGUGCGCUACUCGCACUGCCGUCUCUUGCCGAGCUGUUCGCAGUCAUGCCUAAUCUCCUCCAAGAGAUGGAGCGAGUCGGUGAUCGGGAACUUCCACCGCUGGCUCUGAGGGUGCUAGCUGCUCAACUCCAGCACAACCCUGCAAAGGACAGCAAGACGCAGUCUGAAGCCAUGACCUUCCUGCCUACAGUUGAGGAGAUCAUCCGGACGACUCAGGACGUCUCGUUGCGGCAUGCGGCUAUCGCCUGCCUGGACCGCAUCGUGGAGGUAUAUGGACGCAAGAGUCCGGAUGACAUCAUGUCUGCCUCAAUGACCCUCAUCGAGGGAGAUUAUGGUCUCUCCUCCCAGGACACGAGGACGCAGAUCAUGUCGGUUCUUUGCGUGGCUUCAAUGAUGGAAGUCCUCAAAGAGGCGGCUGUGCCGAUCGUGCCUCAGUCCAUGCCAAAGGUGCUGGAUCUGUUGCGACGGAGUCUCGGCGACAAGGAACGGAACGAAGAGCUGCACAAUGCGGUAUUCACUCUACUUUCGUCUUUCCUGUCAUACUUGGCAUACAUGGUGUCGGACGACAACGUGGUGGAGAUCUUGGAGUUGUGUUAUCGUUCAUGCGUGGCUGAGAUGGACGCGUCGUGCAAGGAGUCUCGAACCGAGACUUUGUCCCUGCUCGCGCACAAAGUCGACUUGAGCACGGUUGCAACCAGUCUCAGUCAAGCAUGGAAGGCCGUGACGCCAGAGCUUGGUGUCAAUGCCGAAGCAGUCACCGAGUGGCUCGAUGUCCUGUCUCAAGCCAUUGAAGCAAACAAGAAGGUCAACGUCGUGCGUGCUGCAGAGACGAUCUCAACAUUCAUGUUUCAAGUACUGGAUCUUCGUCGGUUGUAUGUCACAACCACAACCGGCAGCAAUCUCCAAAUCACACCCGAGGACAUUGACGCCAUUGAGUCUCGCCUGCACACCGUGAGCAUUACUUUCAUCUACAAGCUGAACGACACCGCGUUCCGGCCACUAUUCGAGAGCUGGGUUGACUGGGCCUUGACCGCGUCGGAUCUUGCGGAAAAACAAGAAGAAUACUCGGAGCCCGCAAAGACAGCCCGCGAAACCAGCCUGUUCAAGCUCGCCACGCACUUUUUCGAAUCUCUCAAGAGCAUCGUCACCUCGUAUGCCAGCUACAUUCUGGAGCCUGCCAACGAAGUAUUGAAGACUCUGGCCGCUACAGUCGACUCAUCCAGCUCCAGCUCCAGCUCCAGAUCUUCCAAGAACAAAAAGGACAAACCUGUCGCGACAAUAACAGACGAGAAACUCCUACUCUACAAAUCAACCCUCUUACUUCUUCGCACAGCCAUGACCCACGACGCCGACAACUGGUUCUCAUCCCCGACUCACUUUUCACCUCUGUCGUCAUUACUCAUCGACCAACUCAAACUCGCCACGACCAAGAACCCUAGGAGUCUAAGAUCGGCCGUCUUCGACUCUGUCAUUCCGACCAUCGUAGCCCUGGCCACCGCGACAAUCGACACGCCCGCCCACCAUCACGCAUUGAACCAUGGCAUCUGUCAACUUCGUCACAACCCGUCAGCGGGGGUGCGGUUGGCCGCGAUCAGAACUCAUCUUGCUCUUACGGAGAAUCCCGAGGUUGGCGAGGAAUGGGUUGCCAAUGUCGUGGUUGGGGGCACUAGCACCGAAGGUGUCGGAGGGCCAGGUGAGACUAUGGUCUACGUCAAUGAGAGUCUGGAGGAUGAUGACGAAGAGGUCGAAUCUGAAGUUCGGAGAUGGGUUAGGUUGGUUAGGGAGAUGGUUGGGGAGGAUGUUUUUGAGGUUUAA